AUGGUAGCCAGUGUAUGGUUGCGGAAUAAAUGUCUCAGAUCUGAUCUCAGACAGCUGCACGCCAAAGCUGCGGAGAACAAGGUGAAACCACGGCUGCUUGGCGUGGCGUUGAAUACCCUCGCUGUCGCCCUCGCUGUCGCCCUCGCUGUCGCCCUCGCUAUUUCCGUCGCUGUCGCCGUCGCUGAAUAUCCUCGCUGUGGCCGUCGCUGUUUCCGUCGCUGUUUCCGUCGCUGA